AUGUCGACAGAGACUAUUACAAGAAUCCUCCACAUCUAUGCAGCAAAAGGUAUGCGGGAACAUGCGUACGCAGCCGCUGAGCGGAUGCACGAGCUCAGAAGACUUGACACAAAAGAACACCGGGGAAAGACACCCCUGAUGGUCGCUGUGGUGGCUAACCAGCCGCUAAUUGUCCGAGAUCUGAUUCUGCUCGGUGCUGACCUGAAUGCUGUAGAUGACAAAGGGUUAACGUUCCUCCAUCUGGCUGCUACUUAUGGCCACGUGAACGUCAUACAGAUGGUCACAGCAACGGGAACAAUGGUGGACUUAGAGGCACGGGACUUUGAAGGUCUCACCCCUUUGCAUUGCGCAGUUAUCUCUCACAACUCCGUUUAUCGGGAACUCUUUUAUGAUCCUGACCUGAUACCACAGAGGCAAGAUGAGCUGCAGAGUAAAGCUAAGCAACUGGAGGCCUGCAUACGGCAACUGAUAGAAAUGGGAGCCUUAAUAAUCAGCCAGGAGGUGAAGAGCAACAAGACCGUGGUGCACUUUGCCGUUCAGGAAGGGAACCUGCUGUUACUGGAUUACUUCCUCAAACUCAGUGACAUCUUCUGCUCACCCGAAUUUAUCAACAUGAAGGCUCAUGGUAAUACCGUUUUGCACAUGGCUGCUGGUCUUCACAAUGAGAGAAACCAGGAGAAAAUAAUUAAACUGCUUUUGUACCACGGGGCAGACCCCAGCAUCCGAAACCUGGAGAAUGACCAACCCAUCCACCUGGUGCAGCCAGGGGAACUGGGAGAUCAGAUAAGGCAUCUCUUGAAGAAAGGACGGGUUGGCUCGGGGUCAAACCCCCGCAAUGCCACAUCCUAGGAAUAUGGUUCAUUCUGGACUCGGACCUUCCCGUCUUCAUCACUCCUGUGGAAUGAAUGUGUACCUUAUAUUAGGAAUGGUUUAACAUGUACUCACCUGCUAAGCUCAUGACUUUCACUGCUGAUGUAAUGUUUCACAUCCAACAUCGUGAGAUAACCAUCUUGCAUUCUCUUCCUCGUCCAGUAUUCCCACAGACUUGUGAUUCUUACAGUAUUUUGCCAUUUCUUUAACUCCUUUCAGAAGGAGAUCUCCACCUCCUUUACAACCAAUGAAGUGUCCCUUUUAGUUUGGUUGGCAGACAGUAGCAGAGUAUUUCAAAGGACAGAUGUGUUUACUUAUUCACUUAUCGCCCAAAUACAAGACAUCAACGAAGAUAGUAUAAUUGUACCUGAGCUCUUAGCUCUAGCUACUGAGAAUUCGAGUGGCACGGUGGCAUAGAUGUAGAGUUGCUGCCUUACAGCGCCAGAGACCCAGGUUCAAUCCUGACUAGGGGUGCUGUCUGUACAGGGUUUGUACGUUCUCCCCUUGACCGUGUGGGUUUUCUCUGAGCUAUUUAGUUUCCUCCAAAACUCCAAAGCCGUUCAGGUUUGUAGGUUAAUUGCCUUCGAUAAAAAUUGUAAAUUGUCCCUAGUGUGUAGUGUGUGUUAGUGUAAUGGGGAUCGCUGGUUGUCUAGGAUUUAAUGGGCCGAAGGGCCUGUUUCUGCGCUGUAUCCCUAAACUGAACUGAUUGACUCGUCGAUGAGCAAAGGAACUGAUCAAGAACUAGCUUUUUCUUUACCAAACAAAGAUCAAAUAUUGAUUCUUAAUUUUCUAUCGGGUGUGAGCCAGAACAGUCUAACGUACCACUACUGAGCUUGGUGAGGGCAUAGAAUUAUUCCGAUGCCUCAUUCCUGAAUUGCAAAGAUGUGCACACAUUGCAAAGAUGUGCAUAAGGACAUGACAAGAACGCAACCACAUUCUUGAUCAUUCUCAGUUUUCUGAACAUGUUCUUGCAUCAGUAAGUCUCAGCUCUUGAAUUCCAUUGCAUGGUAAACUAUGCUUGAGGAUAACACUCUAUUAAUAUUGAUUGAUUGAAUUUAGUUUAAUUGAGAGAUACAGCAUGGAUGGAAGGACCACAGAGUCCAUGCCGACCAUCGAUCACCCUAGUUCUAUGUUAUUCCAUUUGCCCAUCCCUCCACACACACACUGGGGACAAUUUACAGAGGCCUGUUAACAUUCAAACCCACACAGAUAAAUCAGCUGGAAUGGAUGCAAGUCCUGGUUACUAAUUAAUACAUGUCCAGUAACAUCUCAUGGUAACAAAGGUAUUAGUAUUCCAACUAUAAUACCCUCCCUGGUGUAUCAAAUGUGUUAUCCUGAAAACUGGAUAUUUUGCACAAUUACAGAUAUUAUUGCCCAGAAUAUAGGUGGUGAAUUUAGCAAAUUAAUUCGAUACACUGCCUUAACGAUUCCUCCUUGUAUUACAAACACUUUAUUUUCAGCCGGUGUGUUUCACUGAUAAAUAAGUACAUUCAAUUCCUUUCAAAGUUCAAAAAAAGACUUUCAAUUACAGGUAAUGUGAGACUGCCAGAAAUCGCUUCAUGACAACUUCAUACAACGGUCCCGUUUAAAUCAUUUCAGAAACUUUCUUAAGCCAGAUGAGAAAUGUGAUAUGGAUUUUCUCAGCUCAUACCGCCAAUGUUCUAUCUUUACACCACUAAUAUUUAUCAGCUCCAUAACGGGGCUUUUCCGAUUUUGGGCAGAUGCCAAGAAUAGUUUUACAGUUUGAGAUGGUUCAAGAGAGCGUAGCACACCAAAACAUCAUUGGUAGGUUUGGGAUACCUUCAUCCAUUAUGUGGAUGCUUAUAAACAAUUGGGUCUCAAGCAAGGAAAGAUUGGUCUCAAAACUUGUUUUCCUUGUUAUUAGAUUUCCAAUUUAUCUGCCUUGUUUUUGGUUCAUUAUUUAUACAUGGGACCAUAUUUUCUACAACUUACGCCAUGAAUUUUCUCUUUGUCAAUGUAUUUGGGGACUAAGCAGCGCCCUUUUCUACAGAUCUGUGACAGAUGUGUGGAUCAGGUUAAAGCGGAACUUUUAAAUUAUAAUUUCUGUGAAAUAGAUCGUUGAUUGUCAAACAAUCUGAGAUGUGAAUAGGUUGGAAGGAACUCCGGAUGCCGGUUUACACCGAAGAUCGAUACAAAAUGCUGGAGUAACUCUAGCGGGUCAGGCAGCAUCUCUGGGGGGAAAGGAAUAGGUGACGUUGCGGGUUGACAAACUUUGUCAGUCUGAGAAGAGGGACAAAGAUCAAAUAAAUGACAGGAAUGCAAAAGGAUCCAUUGUUCAACUGUCUCCACAGCCAGCAAUGGACCAUUGUGGGCUCCACCUUUCCUUGAUCAUUGUUGCCGGCUUUGAUUUGUCCUUUUGCAAAUCUUUCAUACAUUUGUUCUUUGUUCCUCUUCAUACCUUUAGUUUCUCUAAGACGAGACUCUCAGUCUGAAGAAGGGUCUCGACCUGAAAACGUCACCUAUUCCUUUUCAGCAUUCCAGAGAUGCUGCCUGACCCGCUGCGUUACUCCAGCAUUUUGUGUCUAUCUGAGAUAUGAAUAUAUAUUUUGUAUUUUGUUUUGUGUAGAUCUGAUUUAAUUACACUGCAUCAGUGUGUUUUGCUUGCAAAGGCUGUUUUGCUUGCCUGCAUUUUGCUUUAGGAUAUCGGAGAAUUCAGGUUUAACACCGUACAAGUCCGUUGUGCUUUAUGAUUCUUUAAAACAAUAUAACGGCAAGCAACGAAUAAUCUGCCAUGGCAACAUUGGUAUAAUUUUGCAAUAAUAGAUAAAAUUGGGAACUGGCUCGUAAAUCUGCAGAUAAAGAAAAGUGUAAAGUAAGCUUUUAGUCUCAAUUCCCCUCUGUCCAUCCUGAAAAAGAUGGGCCGAUUAAGCUGCUUCAGUGCCAUGAAAUCCCAAGAUUUUAAAUUUUCUCUGAUGUUUCCAAUUAAUCUUUUGGAAGGUGUUUUUAUACUUCCAAAGUCGUUCCUCUCAGCUCCAAAUUGUUUCAUGGAGAUAAGCUCCAUGGAUGUAUCCCGUGGGUAUUCCUUGCCAUAGGUCCAGAAGAGAAAUGGGACAUUUGGUCAGCCUCUUCCGUUCUGCUCCAACGUAUGGAAACAAGAUGCUUAUUAUUAUUUGUAAAACAACUCGACUUUUGCUCUGAUCCUCAACGUUGAACGAACCCUGCCCGGAAAUAAUGUUGUCAGGAAUCAGUUGAGUAGAAAGUUGUCUAUGUUGAAUAUCAUGUAGUUCAAGUUCGAAAUAACCAAUUUCAGUGUGACCAAAUGACCAAUCUAAAUCUGGUAAUGCCCACAAAUGGCCAAUGAGGGCAGGAGUGGGUGCACUUGUCAAGUUACUAAUUAAGUUACUAGUCAUUUCAAAAUGAGCUUUGUUCUAUUUCUAACCUUUCUGAGAAUGCUAUAUAUUGACACCCGAUCUCAGAACUAAGCUAUUCUUCCAAUAACUAAUUUCAGGAUAAUACAGUCAUCCCAGGCAUGUUGUGUCUUUUAGAAACAUAGAAACAUAGAAAAUAGAUGCAGGAGUAGGCCAUUCGGCCCUUCGAGCCUGCACCGCCAUUCGAUAUGAUCAUGGCUGAUCAUCCAACUCAGUAUCCCAUACCUGCCUUCUCUCCAUACCCUCUGAUCCCUUUAGCCACAAGGGCCACAUCUAACUCCCUCUUAAAUAUAGCCAAUGAACUGGCCUCAACUACCCUCUGUGGCAGAGAGUUCCAGGGAUUCACCACUCUCUGUGUGAAAAAUGUUUUUCUCAUCUCGGUCCUAAAAGAUUUUCUCCUUAUCCUUAA